CCCCCUCCCCCCUGUGUGCUUUGUGGAGCCUUCAUUGGAAUUUUCGUAAAGCAUCGAGGGAAUUGUGAGAAGCUCCUCGGUUUCGUUGUAGCGCGAAGGCUGGCUGUGAUAUUGAAAUUGGCGUUCCGUUGUAUUUAUUGCAUCGUGGUCACGGGAUUUUUGAGACGAGAAGUUGAGUGAAGCUAGCAUGGCAUGCUUUAGCUGGUCUUGGGAGAUUGUUGUCGGGCAAGGUUUGCGCUGCCGGGUGGUUUCUUCAAUUUCAUCACCUUCAUUAAAAUAAUGUAAUGUAACAAGAUGGCGACAAAUUUGCAGUCGAUUAUCUUGAAUGAGGGAUGGGUUGCGGCGCGUGCGUCAGAUGUUCAACUACGUGGACAAGACCUUACAACUUCUCAAUUUCCUUCUUUGAACAGCGACCUAUGGAUGGAAGCAGUGGUGCCUGGAACGGUUUUGACCACACUUCUCAAGAACGAUCUCGUCCCCGACCCAUUUUAUGGCCUAAACAAUUUGGAAGUGCCCGACAUAGCCGAUGUUGGUCGUGAGUACUACACUUUCUGGUUCUGCAACAGGUUCAAGCUUCCCAGAGUGCCGCAAGAUGGGAAAGUAUGGUUGAACUUUCGUGCCAUCAAUUAUCAAGCUGAGGUAUUUCUAAACGGCUUCAGUGUAUUGCUGUCUAAAGGCAUGUUCUUGAGACACACAAUUGAUAUUACUGACUGGCUCAAUGUUUAUGAGGAGAAUCGAUUGGCUGUUUUGGUCCACCCUCCGGACCAUCCCGGACGUAUUCCUCCCGAAGGUGGUCAAGGGGGAGACCAUGAUAUUGCAAAGGACGUAGCUGCUCAAUAUGUGGAAGGCUGGGAUUGGAUCUGCUCCAUUGGGGAUCGGAACACUGGUAUCUGGGAUGUUGUGUCUAUACAGCAAACAGGGCCAGUGCGGCUUGUGGAUCCUCAUUUGGUGGCAACAUUCCACAACUCUUACACACAAGCUGAUUUAUGGAUGACUACGGAGCUUUUCAACGCAUGCUCAACUCGAGUAACUGUGACUGUCACACUGAACGUUUCUCUUGAUGAUGCGAGUGAAUUUUGCAUAGUAGAUCAUGUGCAUACAAGUGAAGAUAUCGUAUUAGAGGGAAACUCAACCAAGUUAUAUUCUAUACCUCCGCUUCCGUUCCAGAGUCCAGCGCUAUGGUGGCCGAAUGGCUUAGGAGACCAGCCAUUAUACAAAGUGGACAUUACCUUAGAUGUGCGAGAAUACGGAGAAUCUGACUCUUGGAGUCAUUUGUUUGGUUUUCGUCAUAUAGACUCUUAUAUUGACCCCUCAACGAAUGGACGGACGUUCGUAGUCAAUGGAGAGCCUAUUUUUAUUAGAGGGGGCAAUUGGAUUGUCUCGGAUGGUUUACUGCGCCUCUCAAAAGAUAGGUACGAAACAGAAGUUAACUUUCACGCCGAUAUGAACUUGAACAUGAUACGUAUAUGGGGUGGUGCGUUAGCCGAGCGACCGGAGUUUUACACCGCUUGUGACAAGCGUGGGCUUUUGGUGUGGCAGGAAUUCUGGAUAACAGGCGACUGCAAUGGACGAGGAAUAGAACCAUCGGAUCCAAAUUGGCCACUUGACCAUGACCUCUUCCUCACUUGCGCACAUGACACUGUCAAGCUAUUACGCAACCAUGCAAGUUUAGCUCUUUGGUGUGGAGGGAAUGAACAACACCCUGCUGCAGAUAUAAAUGAAGCUCUUGAAAAAAACUUGAAAAUUGUAACUAGUGGUGAAAAUCCGAGCAUGUCCUUAGAUGGCACCAGACUUUACAUUCAAGGCUCAUUAUGGAGUGGUAUUGCGGCUGGAAAUGGCUUAUUCCGUGAUGGUCCUUAUGGGAUUCAAGUGCCUGAAAAUUUCUUUGAGAUGGAUUACUAUAAAUAUGCAUUUAACCCAGAAAUUGGCAAUGUCGGGGUUCCAAAGGCUGAGACAAUUCGUGCAACUAUGCCACCAGAAGCUUGGGAUCCUCCCUCACUCUUGAAUGGAGAGCACCCAAAUAGUACAUGGGACUACCACAAGUAUAUUCCCUAUGCAGAUGCGCAAAAGCUUGUACCUGGACAAAUUGAAGCAUUUGGUGAAUACGAUGGCCUGGACGACUUUUGUGAAAAGGCACAACUAGUGAACUAUUUUCAAUAUCGAGCACUAUUCGAAGGAUGGAAUUCCUGGAUGUGGACAAAGUACACUGGAUUGUUGAUAUGGAAAACGCAAAACCCUUGGCCAGGUCUUCGAGGUCAGAUGUAUGAUUUCCUGCUCGACCAGACAGGAGCUUUUUUUGGCCUGCGUAGUGCUGCUGAAAGUGUACACGUUCAGUUGAAUCUCCUUAACUACAAUAUCGAGAUUGUCAAUACGACACGUGAACCACUUUCUGAAAGUAUCGUGGAGGCUUCAUUUUUUGAUCUGAGUGGGGAGAAAAAAUAUUUCGACACAUUGAGAGGACUCACAGUUGCACCUAAAACUACCACCACAGUGGGCAACAUCCCGCUAUUCAAGUCGAUCAAUGAUGACCCAACGUACUUCGUGCUGCUGAAAUAUCUCAGCUCAUCUGGUACGUUAAUUUCCAGAAACUUCUACUGGUUGCACCCUGCGGGCGGCAGCUACACCCAACUAGGAGGGAAGUUCAGGUCUAACAAGUUUCCCAUUACAGGUUCAGCUUGGUGUACUGUUACUGAUGGGUCUUACAUCCUCCACGUGCGAGUGGCUAACACAAAUACCGAAGACGUGCCUAAUAUUGCAUUUGGGCUCUACUUCACUGUGAUUGACGCUGAUUGUACAGCUUUGGAUAAACGCAUCUUGCCUGUAACUUACUCAGACAACUGGUUUUCCUUGGUCCCUAAUGAAGCUCUCGAUUUUGAAAUCACCUUCAAGGUUCGCGAGAGCAACGUCCGUCCUAAACUGCUUCUCCGAGGUUGGAAUGUUGAAGAUACUGAGGUGGCUCUUGAAAUUCAUCAGUAACCAUGGAAUCAUGUCUAUUUGCAUGUUCUCUGUAGUCGACACAUUUCAAUUUGACAGGAAGAACAAGGCAAUACAGUCUAUUUGUGGAUUCACCCAGGGGUAAUGCUACUCAACCUUGUCCUCUGCAGGACAUUGAGGUAUGAAAUUAUUCUCUAAUCACUUGAAGGAGUUUGGGUUUUGUACUUAAUGUGGUUACAAGUUUUGAGCACGAGCUCUUUUUAAAAGUCAUUCCUGUGGUCUAAGUCAACGGAAAUACAAAAGUGUUUCAAAUUGUUGUUUUAAAUGACUUUGUUUCUGUGACAUACAUAAUCAACGACCUAUGUUUGAACGUAUAAAUCUUGGGAUGGUUUUCGAAAAAUAUAUGUUGCACAAUGUAUUAUAAGAAAAAUAAAAUUUCAGGUCGUUAUCUUACGGUUUUUCUGUUUUA